AUGGUCUCCUUCAUCGAGCAUGCCAAAACCAUUCAUCUUUUUGUACAGGCCGACUACAAGACGGUCAUGCUGCCCGUGACUCUGUUGUCAUACUUCGCAGCGCCGCACACUACCCCAGUCUACUUCGCUCGCAGUAUCGCCUGGACCUUUCUCCAGCUGCUGUACUUCUGUAUCGCAAACCAGGUGUUCGACCCAGAAGAGGACGCUCUCAAUAAGCCGUGGCGGCCUAUUCCAGCCGGACGUAUCACCGUUCGGAGCGCGAACAUUCUCCGCGCGGCCAUCCUGCCCGUAUGUGUCGCCCUGUCGUGGUACUGGGGCGUGCUGCCGCAAUGCCUUGUCAUGAUCCUCUUGGGAUCCGCCUAUAACGACUUCAACAUCGGCGCGCACUGGGCACCGCGUCAUGCCUCGGUCGCUGUUAUGUACGGCGCUCUAAACUCUGGAGCUGCCCACGUAGCCUGCGAUGUUUGCUACAACGGAAUCGAAGUCAUCAAUAUCCUUCGUCACACACUGAAUGCACUGGUGAUCCUCACCACCAUACAAGCUGCCGACUUCCGCGACGCAGAGGGAGACGCUGCCCGCGGACGAUCCACCAUCCCGCUGCGUUGGCCCUCGCUCGCUCGCCCGAGCAUGCCGGUGCUUCUCUUCAUAUGGUCGGCGGUAGUAUGCGCUCUAUCCAGCGCACAGGGCAUUGUUCGAACCAUCUUUGCAAUCAUGGGUCUCGCAACGGGGUUGCGCUUCCAAUACAUGACAACGCCCAAGCAGGACAGGCGCUCGUAUCUCUGGUACGACAUAUGGUUAUGCGUCGCGCAGGUUCUCCCGUUUGUUUGA